CCGCUUCCAUUUCAUCUCCAAAUAUCCAGACUUACCAGCCUCUAUUUCACAACCCUACACCAGGAACAAGUCAAUUCAACCGAUCCACCACUCAACACCACGUACCUCCUGUGUCGAUUUCUAAAGACAACCAAGCACAUAUCACUUGCGCGACAAACCACCGAUCCAACAAAGAAGAAAACCCAUUACACAGCAGCCCAUGAAUCCAGCAUGGCCUUCCAAGCAAACCUCACCAACUACCACCAGUGGCCCUACAAUUUCAAAGCAACCCCAACUCCAGUUCCAAACUUGCCCUCAAACGCCAUUCCCGCUUCAACCGCAAGCCUGAAUUCAGACAGCACCGCCUUCUGGCUCCCAAAAUACCGCAUCAUUCUCGCCCUUGACCUAGAAGCCUCAAUCCAUCUCAACAGCGACGACGACAACAACAACAGCAGCAGCAGCAGUAAUUGGAACCACAUAACGAACCUAUUCCACCUCUCCUCUCCCAUCCUCACUCCCCAACAAACAGCAAUCUACCUCGACAUCCUCCUCCGCGCCAGCACCACCACCCCUCUCACAAACAUCAUCCAAGUCAUCAAGCAUCUCCUCCGAACAAUCCACACCUCCCCCUCCCCCGACCUCACUAAAUCCACGAAAACAACCACCACCACCACCAUGUAUCAGACCCUCCCCCGCUACCUGCGCGUGCUGUACCAACUCGCCCUCGAUGCAAGCCAGCCCGAUCUCGCGGAGUCGGUCCUCGAUCAGGUCCUGGUCCUCGUGCGGGACUGGCAGAUGACUGAAUUCCCGGCGGUGGAGGUGCAGUGGAUGGCGUCGGUGGCGUUCAAUCGGGCGGUGGAUUUCUAUCUGGCCGGGGAGGAUGGGGAGUGUCGGCGGUGGGCGGGCAAGGCGAUUGCGUUGGCGGACUUGCUGCUGGUGGUGGUGGAUGGCGUGGGUGGGGAGGAUGGCGGGGGUGGUGCGUUGGGGGAGUUGUUGAGGGCGAGGUAUGGGAAGUUGAUGGUGGGAGGGGUGAAAGGAUCGGGGUCAAUGGACAAGGAGUCGGGUGGGAUGGUCUGA